AUGGCGUACGCAGCUCCUAAACCCACGAAGCCUGGUUUGGAGGAGUCUCAGGAACAGAUCCACAAGAUCAGGAUCACCCUUUCCUCGAAGCACGUGCAGAAUCUCGAAAAGGUUUGUGGUGAUUUGGUUCGUGGUGCUAAGGAUAAGCGUCUUAGAGUGAAGGGACCUGUUAGGAUGCCCACUAAAGUUCUUCACAUCACUACCAGGAAGUCCCCUUGUGGAGAAGGUACCAACACUUGGGAUAGAUUUGAACUCCGUGUGCACAAGAGAGUCAUUGACCUAUACAGUUCUCCGGAUGUUGUUAAGCAAAUCACCUCCAUCACCAUUGAACCUGGUGUCGAAGUUGAAGUGACCAUUGCAGAUGCUUGA